AAGUGGGUUUUGCGGGAAAGAAAGAGCGUUCACUCUGCUAACUUUACUCUUUGCUAACACUAAAGUGAGCAUUUUUCAUUUACGUAUGGAAUAAUAUAUAUCGGACAACAUGUGAAAUCCUCGAGGAAAUAUUGACGAUUGUGUGUGAAAUGUUGAAGGGCGCUUUCCGAGACAAAGUACAAGGAGACGAUCUUUGUGUCUGAGGCAAGCGGUGGCCGACAAUAGCAGGCGGGCGAAGGAGGGGCCGCUCCCGGGGCUCUGCUUGACUUGGUGGCCGCUUCACUCGAAGGGAAGUCGGCGGAGGGACAACGACGCUCGCCGGAGACAUGUAAAGAUGGCAGAGCUACAAAUGUUGCUCGACGAGGAGAUUCCGGCCGGCAAGAGAGCGCUCGUCGAGAGUUACCAAAACCUGACCCGAGUGGCGGACUACUGCGAGAGCAAUUAUGUGCAGGCCCAAGACAAGAGGAAAGCGCUGGAGGAGACCAAAGCCUACACCACGCAGUCCCUGGCCAGCGUUGCCUACCAGAUCAACGCGCUGGCCAACAACGUUCUGCAGCUGCUGGACAUCCAGGCCUCGCAGCUGCGCCGCAUGGAGUCGUCCAUCAACCACAUCUCUCAGACGGUGGACAUCCACAAAGAGAAGGUGGCCCGGCGGGAGAUCGGCAUCCUGACCACCAACAAGAACACGGCGAGGACCCACAAGAUCAUCGCGCCGGCCAACAUGGAGCGCCCCGUGCGCUACAUCAGGAAGCCCAUCGACUACGCCGUCCUGGACGACGUGGGACACGGAGUCAAGUGGAUGAAAGCCAAGCACGGAAACAAUCAGUCACUCCGAGCGGGCACGCUGUCGCGGACCAACCCGCCCACGCAGAAACCGCCGAGCCCGCCCAUGUCGGGGCGCGGCACCCUCGGGCGCAACGCAUCCUACAAAACCUUGGAGCCGGUGAAGCCCCCCACGGUGCCCAACGACUACAUGACCAGCCCGGCCCGCCUGGGCAACCAGCACAGCCCGGGACGCACGGCCUCGCUCAACCAGAGGCAGCGCACUCACAGCGGCAGCAGCGGGGGGAGCAGCAGCCGCGAGAACAGCGGCAGCGGCGUCGCCGUCGGCAUUCCCAUCGCGGUGCCGACGCCCUCCAUUCCCAACUCCGGACCAGUCCCACUCAUGACCUCUCACCCCGGCGCGCCUCCACCACCUGCGCCGCCGCCGCCGCCGCCUCUGAUUGGGCUCGGACCUCCACCGCCUCCUCCCAUAGCGGUGGCUCCCGGGCCGGGCCCGGGCCCCGCCCCGAUGUCUCAGUUCGGCACCAUCUCGCGGCAGAUUUCGCGGCACAACCCCGCCAACUCGUCGGUGUCCAUGGUGUCGGCCACCGGCACCUACCGCCGGGCGCCGUCCGUCACCUCGCAGUUCUCCUUGCAGCAGCAGCAGCAGCAGCAGCAGUCGCCGCCGCCUCACGUUAACGGAGGCACGGCCGCUUACAGCCACCAUUCAAUGUCCGUGGCCCCCCCUCCCCCUCCCCCGAUGCCCCAGCUGACGCCACAGAUCCCCCUGACUGGCUUUGUGGCCAGGAUGCAGGAGAGCAUCUCCGACGCCCCGACUCCGCCCCCGCCGCCGCCCCCGGACGACACGGCCAUGUUCGACGAGUCCCCGCCGCCGCCGCCCCCUCCCCCGGUGGACUACGAGGAGGAGGACGCCUCGGUGGUGCACUACGACGACCCCUACGCCGACGGGGACCCCCACUGGGCGCCCAAAAACUACGUGGAGAAAGUGGUGGCCAUCUACGACUACAGCAAGGACAAGGACGACGAGCUCUCCUUCAUGGAGGGGGCCAUCAUCUACGUGGUGAAGAAGAACGACGACGGCUGGUACGAGGGCGUCAGCGGCGGCGUCACCGGACUCUUCCCCGGGAACUACGUGGAAAGCAUCAUACACUACGCCGACUGAGGGACACCCCCUCCACGCCCGCAAUUAGUCAACGGUAAACCCUCCAUUUAGUUGCGAUGCAGCGGGGGCAGAGGUCAACUGCAGUUUUUUUUUUUGUUUUUGGGCAACAUCAGCAGUUGGUGUGCAAAGAUGAGUUUUCAGUCACGACAAGCUCUCCGUACUGUAAAUUGAUUUCACAUCCAACUCAAAACUGAGAGAACCAUAAAAAGAAAAGUAUGCCAACCUUCACUUUAGAAUUAUUGCCAUUAUGUUGUAAAUUUACUCACUUGUUUUGUUUUUAUUAUGUUGAGUCACUGAACCUGUAAGAAAAUUGCGAUUUCAGGGCCUCAAACACGACUUUCUCUUCACGUCCGAGUGUCUAAGCUUGCGAUGCGAUUUCGUCGCGCCGCAUUGAGACGCACGCGAAAGCCUUCGACAAACAAACGAUCGAGUUCCUGAGCACGAUGCGGCACGCGGUUCGGUCGCCAUUCGUUUGAAAGUCCUCGGAUUUGCGAGAAACGCCGAACCGGGCCGGUUUCUAAACCUCCAACCGAAUCCGACAACAUCCCGUGCUCGACUUAACGUUCACGGGCUGAAAGCUAAAAACAAAGCGAUCUAAUGCAGACGAGCGAGUUUUUCCCCAAUCAGUUUGCCGAGUUCUCACAUCGUCUUGUAUUCUUUUCUUUUCUCUUCUGUUCUAUAGAAUUGCAUUUUGUGCAUCCAACAAGAAAAUCUGCCCUUGAAUUGUAUGUAAAAUGUUGAUUUAAAAAAAAAAAAAAAAAAAAUGUAC